AGAAAGAGAGAGACAGAGAGAGAUAGAUCCUUGAAGAAUCUGGAGAAGAAAAAAAAAAAAAAAACAUCCUUCGAGCGACGUCCUAGACACCUUCAGGUCAUCUCUCCUUCCCUCAAUUUUUUUCUCCCCACCACCAUUUUUUUUUCAAUCUCAUCACCAAUCAAAAUCAAUUCCCGCCACUUUUUUUUUUAAAAACAUUUUCUAAACCAAUAAACAAUGAUGCGUGUUUCGUUCAUGAAAACUUGGAUAAAGUUUUGACAGUCGUGAACGACUGCGCGCGCGUGUCAUUCAAUUUUUUUUCGGGAACUUUAGUCAAAAAUCCGGUUGACAAUUGUAAAUCCGGAUCUUCGAGGUUGUUCUACUGAAGAAAAAGGAUUUUUUUUUUUAAAAAAAAAAAAAGGAUAGUGAUUAUUUUUUUUAAGUGUUAUUGUGAUCAUCUGUGGAUUAAAAAAAAAAGAAACAGGUUUCUGUGUUUUUUUUUAAGGAUCCUUGAAUUAAAAAGUGAUUGGAGAACUUCUAGUGAUCAUCAUAGAACUCAAGGACAUCACAUAAAUUCCGUGUAUAUUUUGCAAAAUUUUUUUUUUUUUUUUUUUCCCAAUGGUAUUGAGAACACUUCUCUAAUAUUGUGAUCCUAAAGGAAGAAUUUUAUUUUCAAUGUUUUUUCAAUUGAAUAAUUGUGUAAUUAUGAAGGAAUAAAAUUGACCUACUACAGGAUAUAGAGGAAGAAAUUUCAAAGUGUUGUUUUCGCAAUCAAAAAUCCUGGAGAAGAAGAAAAAAAAGAAAAAAAGUGAUUGAUAAACAAUUGAUCGAAUAAUUGAGGAGAGAAUUUUUUUAAAAGUGAUUUUGUGAGACAGUGAUAAUUAUAGUGACUCGGGUGAUAGAAUUGUUAACGUUUUUUUUUUUUUUUUUUUUUUUUAAUUUUAUUUUUUUAAUUUUUCGGGGAUUAAAUGCAACAGUGAUAAAAACCGGAUGAGUUGCGCUAUGGAGUAUCAGCAAUUGGCGCCGCCUCCGGUACCGGGAGUGUUGCAUCAGGCGCAUCAUCCACAACAGCAUCAGCCUUCUGGUCCACAACCCCAUCCUCAUAUCGUUGUUGCGCCGGCCCAUCAACAACAAUCACAACCUCCACCACCGGCACUUCCGCCACUUCCGCCAACAUCACACGCCCACCAAGUUCACGCACCCCUGCCAUCAAUUCAUUCUGACAGUGCUAGUUCACGUUGGAAUCAGUAUCAACAUCUUUGGCGACAACAUCCCAUGUACAUAAAUGGAAAACAAGGCAAAGAUGGACCCGAUGAGAAGAAGGAUGCUGACGGUGAACUUUGGGGUAACGUCGAAGCUCAAGCUGCUUUUCUUGGACCAAAUCUUUGGGACAAAACACUACCCUAUGAUGCCGACCUGAAGGUAUUAAAUCAUUACGUGGACCUGGAUGAAUUUUUGUCUGAAAAUGGAAUCCCGGUGGACGGAGGAGUGGCUGGUGGUGGGCAGGGUACAAUGCAGGGAGGUCAACUUCACAAGAUCAAUGGAAAUGAUGUUACCGGUCAUCAGGGACCAGCAGGUCUUCAUCUGGAGCCAAUAACAAAACGCGAGAGAUCACCAUCGCCUAGCGAAUGCUGUUCACCAGACACCUUGAACCCGCCAUCACCGGCAGACUCCACGCUCUCGAUGGCGUCAUCGGGGCGAGAUUUCGAUCCCCGGACUCGCGCCUUCUCCGACGAAGAACUCAAGCCCCAGCCGAUGAUCAAGAAAUCCCGAAAGCAGUUUGUUCCUGAUGAUUUGAAGGAUGACAAAUAUUGGGCGCGUCGUAGGAAGAAUAAUAUGGCAGCAAAACGUUCAAGGGAUGCGAGACGAAUGAAGGAGAAUCAAAUAGCUCUUCGAGCAGGAUUCCUCGAAAAAGAGAACAUGGGCCUACGACAGGAGUUGGACCGGAUAAAGAACGAGAACAUGUUACUUCGUGAUAAGCUCAGUAAAUACACGGACGUCUAACCGGGAGAGUAUUUUUCUGCUCUUUGCUCUUCGUCGACUCUUUCUCGCCGCACUUGUAGUCAUUUUACGAAAGUCAUGACCGCGUCGUAGAAAAAAAAAUUCAAACACACACACAUACAAAAAAAAUGAAUUUUUUUUUCUUUUUUUUUUAAUAAGAAAAGGAGAAAAAUUAUCAAAAAAAAAAAGAAGAAUCGUUACCUAUUCCACACACAAAACCAAAGGAAGCUUAUUUUGAAAAUAAAAAAAAAAGCAACACAGAAUUUUCGACAAAAAAAAAAAAAAAGAAAAUUUUUCACAAAGAUGAAAAAAAGAAGAAAAAGUUUCGAAUGAAUCAAGGUGCAGAAUUGGAAUUAGAGAAAAAGAGGCGGACGACGAGGAAGAUUUGGAAGAUAAUGAAAGGAGAGAAAGGGAAAAAGAAAAAAAAGCAGUGCCCUCAAUUUUUACUUCCUUUUUUUUUUUUGGCAAUAUCUUUAUCUCUGUCGUCUUCCUCUUUCCCAAAUCCUUUUCUCCUCUCCCGUUCCCUAAAUUUUUUUUUCCCUGACACAAAACAUUAUUUUGUCCCUCCUUUCAUCACUUGUACAUAGUUAUAUGUAUAGUUAGAUUAUAUAUAAAUAUAAAUAAUAUCGAUAUAUCCUUACAGUAUGAACAAUACUAGACAGAGAAAAAGAUAUAUUGUUUUAAUUGUAAAAUUUGCGCGCCUACGAGAGACAAUUUCAUUGCGCGUAUUUACAGAGACAUAGAAUCCUAUUAAUAGGUAUAUUAUAUAUAUAUACACAUAAACAAAAAAAUCAACAACUCAAGAGCAAAAAGACCCGCGUGUAUAACAAUCUCGCAUAUAAACAUCUCUAUUUACAAAUUUAAAAAACUCAAAUUUUUUUAAUUAGCCCCCCAAUAGGCUCGAAGCGAUAAAAAGAAUCAAAUUAAGAAAAAAUUAAAAAAAAAAAAUUAAAAGAAAAUUUAAAUUAACUGUAUCUAAUUUCAAAAUUUGCUAUUAAAAAUUUAAUUAAAAUUUUAUUGAAAUGUUUAUAAUUUUAAUUAUAAAAAAAAAAUUUAAUAAGUUAUUAACAAUUCAAAAUUCAAAUUUUGACAAUACUUUGAAUUAAAAGUAAA